AUGAGACCUCGAGGUAUGUCCAAUGCCUAUGUCCAGAUCACGUUCUGGGAGCAAUGUCCGGCUCUAAUACACCCCAGUGGCGUCGAAGAGCCAAAGGUGCCUGGCACCAUUGAUAUGAAGGUUACAGACGACAGUAGAACUGCAUAUGGUCUUUCUUUAACACCAACUCCCUCCGCCGAUCCAAAUGAUCCACUCAACUGGACCCAAAGAAAGAAAUACUCGAUCCUGUUCCUCGUUUCCGCGUAUUCCUUCCUAGCCAACGGUGCAUUGUUCGGCCCAAGUGUCUAUGUCAACUUCCUCGCUCAGCGAUUUGGUAAAACACCAAGUGAGACAUCGCAGCUGGUGAAUAACCCAAAUCUCCUCUUCGGCUUGGCAGGCUCUCUUGUUUUCGUCCCCAUGUAUCAGAAAAUAGGCCGCAGACCUACAAUGCUAAUCUCGAUCCUUAUCUUCUGCAUUGGCUUGCUAGGCUGUGCUCUAUCCAAAUCAUACGAUGUCCUGAUGGGCUUCCGAAUGGUUCACGGUUUCGGCUCAUCAGUUUGCGAAGCAUUACCAGCUCAAGCUGUCGCUGAUGUCUUCUUUUUUCACGAACGAGGAAAGGCCCUGGGCUGGUAUACCUUUGCACUUGUAACUGGAACUCUAAGUGCCACUGCUGCUAGUUAUAUGUUGUCCAGUGGAUUGUCGUAUAAUCUAUUCUUCUGGAUAGAAUUUGCCAUCGGAUGCGUCCUCUUCCUCGCCACUCUCGCCUUUUUCGAGGAGACAAUGUACCUCGAGGAACGCCAACCUCCUUCACCCUCCAGUCAACAGCCAAUUGACGCCGAUUCCACAAAAGACGAACCCCAAGCAACUUCAGAAUGCAUGGAAUCUAGACUUGAGGAAUCUAUAGCAGUUCCACGAAGGAAGACCUACCUGGAGCAGUGCAAAAUCUUCGGAAAGACGGAUCCCAGUACCCCAGUCUUCAUGAUGAUGAUCCGAUCCUUUACUUACCUCAUUGUACCCCAGGUGUUUUGGGUCUGCUCUACUUACGGGAUGGUUAUUGGGCUUGCUGGCCUCGCCUUCACUUCUACUUUCCCAAACAUUGUUGCAGCUCCUCCAUACUCUUGGCCAAUUGUAGGAUACCCUUUAGUGAACUCUGAGAAUACCGGCCUCGUGGCAAUAUCAGCAUUUAUUGGCUAUUUAGUAGCAGCAGGACCCUUUAGCACCGUCCCGGAUCGAGUCUCGGCUUGGCUUGCUCGUAAGAAUAAUAAUAUUCACGAAGCCGAGUACCGCCUUUGGUGUCUAGUCGUUGUCUUUUUUGUCUCCCCGGCAGCACUUAUCUUGUAUGGAUACAGUGCAGAGAAACAGUUGCAUUGGUUCGGACUUGUCUUUGCUGUGGGGUUGUUCCAGUUCGGAGCUUUCUUCUAUCUCACUUACACGCUUGCAUAUGCUAUGGACUCUUAUGAGUCCAAGAUGCCUGAGAUGUUGAUUGCGAUGAAUAUUGGCAAACAGUCUAUCUCUUUUGCAUUUGGUUAUAAAGUGAUUGACUGGGUCCAGGCCAAUGGCUACAUUAAUGUCUUUGCAGGUAUCUUUUGUGGCGUGCUAACUAUUAACAAUCUCUUCGUUUUUAUCUUCCUGAUUUUUGGAAAGUGGUUCCGACGAUGGCUCAGCACUACUGCUCUCUCGAAGAUGCAUAGGGAGAGCUUGGGUUAA